CUCCUCCUGCGCACCGAGGGCUCUCCUGGAGGCUGGAAUCGGGAUGAACAGCGUUGGAGUCACUGGGACUCAACUUUCCAAACUGGUGUGUCCACUUGUUGCGCGCUGCGCGGUGCCGCGUCGUUUCCAUCUGGGUGCUUUUUUAGUGCUUUUCAUUUGCAUUGUUUAAACUCAUGAACGCAUUUGUAUCCGGUAUUGUUUACUUCGUUUUUUUUCUCAGGGGUGAUAGGGGGGGAGAAUUUCCAGACACCGGUUGCCCCCCCCCCCCAACCCCACCCGCACACCCCUCCCACCCACCCCAGCGUGGAACCAUGCUGCAAACUUUGCACUCGAGACCCGUCGGGUGAUGUGAAGCCUCUGUCGAAAAGGGGGACAAAAUACAUCGUUUUUUUGUUGUUGUUGUUAUUUUUGUUUUGUUUUGUUGCAUUUAUUUUACUCAUGAUGACGGAGGAGAGCAGAAGCGAACACAGAGCCGAGAGCGGAAAGGACUUGGAGAAACAGCUGCGUUUGCGAGUGUGCGUCCUAAGUGAACUUCUCAAGACCGAACGGGAUUACGUUGGGACGCUCGAGUUUCUCUCGGUGUUCCUGCAUCGUCUCAACCAGUAUGCGGCCACCAAAAUGGACAAGAACAUCACAGAGGAGAACGUUAAGAUUUUAUUCUCCAACAUCGAGGAGAUCCUGGCCGUUCACAAAGACUUCCUCUCCAUGGUGGAAGAGCUGCUCCAGCCGGACCCUCAUGCUCACCAUGAGAUCGGCCGCUGCUUCUUGCACUUUAGGAGUCGUUUCCAGAUUUACGACGAGUACGGUGGGAAUCACGAGAAGGCCCAGAGGCUGCUGCUGGAGCUCAGCAAGAUCAGGAGCGUUCGGACAUGUUUACUGAACUGCAUGUUGCUGGGAGGCAGAAAAAACACCGAGGUCCCACUGGAGGGUUACCUGGUGGCUCCCAUACAGCGGAUCUGCAAGUACCCACUGCUGCUCAGGGAGCUGCUGAAGAGGACUCCUAAGAAGCACAAUGACUACGCUCUGGUGCAGGAGUCCCUGCAGGUGAUGAAGGCCGUGUGCUCCAGCAUCAACGAGGCCAAGAGACAGAUGGAGAAGUUGGAGAUUUUGGAGGAAUGGCAGUCCCACAUAGAGGGCUGGGAGGGCUCCAAUAUCACAGACACAUGCACGGAGAUGCUCAUGCACGGCGUCCUCUUGAAGAUUUCAGCUGGAAACAUACAAGAGAGGAUUUUCUUCCUGUUUGACAAGCUUCUGGUCUACUGCAAGAAGAAAAACAGGCGUUUAAAAAACAGCAAGACGGCCACAGAGGGUCCUCGCUACCUGUUCAGAGGGAGAAUCAACACUGAGGUGAUGGAGGUGGAAAAUGUGGAUGAUGGCACGGCGGACUACCACAGCAGCGGGAACAUAGUAAACAACGGCUGGAAGAUCCACAACACGGCCAAAAACAAGUGGUUCGUCUGCAUGGCCAAGACCCCGGAGGAGAAGCAGGAGUGGCUGGAGGCCAUCAUGAAGGAGAGGGAGCGGAGGAAAAGUCUGAGGCUCGGCAUGGAGCAGGAUACGUGGGUGAUGGUGUCGGAGAAGGGGGAGAAGCUCUACCACCUAAUGACCAAGGGUCACCUCAUUAAGGAUCGUAAACGCAAGCUAACCACCUUCCCCAAGUGCUUCCUGGGAAGUGAGUUUGUGUCGUGGCUGAUGGAAAUUGGGGAGACCGGCAACCCAGAGGAAGGCGUUCACCUGGGCCAAGCUCUGGUGGAGAAUGGACUCAUCCACCACGUCACGGACAAACACCAGUUCAAACCCGAGCCUGUGCUCUACCGCUUCCGCUACGACGACGGCACCUACCACCCCAGGAGCGACACGCAUGACGUCAUCUCCAAGGGUGUUCGACUCUUCUGCCGUCUGCACAGCCUCUUCACUCCUGUCGUCAGGGAUAAGGACUACCACUUGCGGACCUACAAAUCCGUGGUGAUGGCCAACAAGCUCAUAGACUGGCUCAUUGCACAGGGAGACUGCAGAACCAGGGAGGAGGCUUUGAUCCUGGGCGUGGAGCUCUGCGACAACGGCUUCAUGCACCACGUGUUGGAGAAAAGUGAAUUCAAGGACGAGCCCUUGCUAUUCCGCUUCUUCGCCGAUGAGGAGAUGGAGGGUUCCAACACCAAACACAAACCCAUGAAGCACGACCUGAAGAUCGUUGAGAACGUCAUCUCCAAGUCUCUCCUGAUAAGGCCCAGUGAUGGAGGCUACGGCUUUACACUGGAAGAGAGAAACCGAGUCCCCAUCGUCAAAUCUGUAGAGAAGGGCUCCCCAGCUGAGAUGGCCGGCCUGGAGGUGGGGAAGAAGUUGUUUGCCAUCAACGGAGACCUGGUGUUCCUCAGGCCUUUCUCCGAAGUGGAAGCUCUCCUCAGGCAGUGCUUCCACUGCGAGGGACCCCUCAGGGUGCUGGUCAGCACCAAGCCAAGAGAGACGGUAAAGAUCCCGGACUCCGCCGAUGGGUUGGGUUUCCAGAUCCGUGGCUUCGGGCCCUCUGUGGUCCACGCCGUUGGACGAGGCACGGUGGCAGCCAUCGCCGGCCUCCACCCGGGCCAGUGCAUCAUCAAGGUGAACGGCAUCAACGUGAGCAAGGAGAGCCACGCCAGCGUCAUCGCUCACGUCACCGCGUGCAGGAAGUUCCGCCGACCCACACAGCAAGAAACUAUAACGUGGGUGUACAACAACAGCGAGAGCGCCCAGGAGGACAACCAGACAACGACCCAGAAACCGACCCCCGAGGAGAACGGAGACGGCUUUGAGUGCAAAGUAGAAGAGGUGAUGGACAAAUUCGACACCAUAGCCAUCAUCGACGGACGGAAGGACCACGUGAGUUUAACGGUGGACAACGUCCAGCUGGAGUACGGAGUGAUGUACGAGUAUGACAGCACGGCCGGCAUCAAGUGUCACGUCCUGGAGAAGAUGGUUGAACCAAAGGGGUUCUUCAACCUCACUGCUAAGAUCCUGGAGGCGCUGGCGCGUAAUGACGACACACUGGUGCAGAUGUGUGGCAGGCUGAGCUCCAGCUGUGACGUGAUCCCGGAGGAACUGCAGGUACGCUUCAGUGCCAUGUGUGCCGAGAGGGUGGAGCACAUCAACCGGCGUAUCACCAACUACAGGAAGUUUGCCCGGGUACUGAAGAACAGAGCGUGGCCCACCUUUAAGCAGGCUAAAGCCAAGGUGUCCCCCCUCCACAGCAGCGACUUCUGCCCCACAAACUGUCACGUCAACGUGAUGGAGGUGUCCUACCCGAAGACCACCACCUCUCUGGGUAGUGCCUUCGGCGUGCAGCUGGGCAACAGGAAGAACACGCUGGAGAAGGGCGGACGCAGCAGCGCGGAGCCGGGUAAGCUGAACCCCAUGGUCAAUGUCCAGCAUACCAUCACCACGAUGGCCGCACCGUCGGGUCACAGCCUGGGCAGGACGGAGGGUCACGGCCUUCGCUUCCUGCUCAGGGAGGAGGACCUGCUCACCCUGGAUUCCUACCAGAAGCUCCUCCACAAACUCACCCUGGUCGUCAAGGAGAUGGAGACGCACGGCGCCCAUAUUCAUGACCUCUUGUCCUCCAUCACCCUUCCCCCGGCUUCGGAGGCGCGGACCCCAGAGGGCUACAUAUCGGCAGAGAGCGAGGCGGAGAAAGGGGAGCGGAACGGGAAGAAGGUGUGCUUUAACGUGGCGGGGGACGAGCAGGAGGACUCGGGACACGACACCAUCAGCAACAGAGACUCUUACAGUGACUGCAACAGCAACAGGAACUCCAUCGCCUCCUUCACCAGUAUCUGCAGCAGCCACUGUAGCUCCUACGUUCACAGCGAUGAGAUGGACUCAGGAGAUGAGCUGCCUGCCAGCGUGUGGCUGUCCCACGAUAAGCAGAAGAAGCUUCAUGGUUUCCUUGAACAUCUGUUUAGCCAGGUGGACUCCAUCAGCAGCGUGCUCAGAGGAGCCGUGGUGGCUCGGGCGUUCGAGCAGACAAAGUGCUUCACCCCUGCAAGAGGAUUACAAGAGUUCCAGCAGGAGAUGGAGCCUAAGAUGAGCUGCACCAAAAAGCUGCGUCUCCAUGUCAAGCAGGAUCCCUGGAACCUUCCCAGCAGCGUCCAGAGCCUCACGCAGACCAUCGCGAAAUAUGUGGAGGAGGUGAAGACACGGCUGCUUUUGGUCUUGCUGCAGUAUACAGACUCUGAGAUCCAGUUGCGUCGAGACAUGGUGUUCAGUCAGUCUCUAGUAGCGGCUGUGUGCGCCUUCUCCGAGCACCUCCUGGCUGUCCUCAAUCAGUUCAACCAUGCUGGCAGGGAGUCGGACCAGGACAGCUCGGACCCCCAGGACCUGCAGGAGGCACAGGAAGCCGGCCGCCGGUGGCUGGAGCAGAUCGCCAGCGCCGGGCUUCUCUUCCACUUCCAGUCCCUCCUCUCGCCCAAUCUGACUGAUGAGCAGGCCAUGUUGGAGGACACUCAAGUGGCUUUAAUUGACCUGGAGAAGGUCACAUUCUACUUCCGGCAGUUUGAGGGGGAGCCGCUGGUGGCCAACAUACCCAUGUCAUACCAGGUGGAGGGCACCCGUCAGGCUUUGAAAGUUUGCUUCCACCUUGAGGGUUUCUACUUCUCCCAGCUUCCUCACAGGCUGAAAAACGGAGGAGGCAUCAAACUCUACCCCGUGCUCUUCACACAAGCGCUGGAGAGUAUGGAGGGUUACUACUACAGAGACAACGUGUCGGUGGAGGAGUACCAGGCCCAAAUCAAUGCCGCCUCGCUGGAAAAGGUCAAGCAAUACCACAAGAGACUGAGGGAUUUCUUCCUGGAUCAGUCCAACAUGCCACCUAGCUCGGCCCCCAAAGCUGCCCUGGUAGACAAGUUGAUGCGGCCCCUCAAUGCUCUGGAGGAGCUGUACCGCUUGAUGGAGAGUUUUAUCAGUUGUCGCCGCACAGCCGCCUGCCAGUACACCGCCUGCGGGGCCUCUGGCGUGGGGCUGCUGUCCGUGGCCUCGGAGCUCUGCUCGCGUCUGGGAGCCACACACGUCGUCAUGUGCAACAGCGGUGUUCACCGCUGCACCCUGAGUGUGACACUGGAGCAGGCCAUCCUGCUGGCCCGAAACCACGGCCUGCCUCCUCGCUGCAUCAUGCAGGCCACUGAUGUCAUGAGGAAACAGGGGGCGAGAGUUCAGAAUUCCGCCAAGAAUCUGGGAGUGAGGGAUCGAACGCCGGCAUCCGUCCCCAGGUUGUACAAGCUGUGCCAGCCUCCCCCCCCAGAUGGGGACCCAUAAUGCAUUGCAUCCAGGCCGUGCCAAAGUCUCGAGGAGCCUUGCGUCCCCCAUGAAGGAUCAACUUUGUACAAGACAGUUAUUGGGUCAAUUUUGAUACGUCUCACAGUAGCUGCCUAAAAUGUAAAUAGAAUUUUAAAAACCGUAAAUAGUAUUUUUAAUACUUUAUAUUUUCCAAUGUUUUACUUUAUACAUAUUUUUAGUUUUUUUUCAUAUAAUGCAUCUGACAAGACAAAGACUGAGUAAGAAAACAGAAGAUCUAUACCAGAAAACUCUGUUGAAUUAGUCAAAUGAAAUGAUAUGGUCCCAUCAGGUCUUUGUCUUCUGAUUAUGUGCCAACAAUAAUGUUUGCCAUCCUUAGGGACAUUUUCCUUUCAUGACCAUAUUUGCAUUCAUGAAGUCAGCAAGAGAAUAAUGAUUUAAAGGAUAUUUGGCUUUGUUUUGUGGUAAAAUGUGCAAAUAACAGCCUGCGUCUUUGCCGAUCUGACUUGCAUGCUUUAUUGAUUAUCUCAGUAUUGGGUAACCAUAUGAAUGUGUGUUGUUACUUUCCACAACAUGUUCAUUUGCUUGUAAAUAUGCAUAUGUUGUGUGUGAAUGUGCUAAACCAUUGAUUCACAUUGCGUUUCUAGGACGUUACCUACACGCACGGGAAGACGUUCAUCUGUGUAUCAGUAUUAAAAUACAGUAGGUUUGUGGAAGUAGAAAUAUGUUGUUAUUUUAUAUUGACUGAUUACUCAGGAUUAAAGUGUCCCUCUGUUACCUAUUAUUGGAUGAAUCAAUGUAGAUGGAUGUCUAGCUUUCUACUAUGCAAACAAAUAAGUGGUAAUAAACUGCAUCGAUAAGCUCCAGGA